AGCAGCACACAUGAGCCUCAAUGCUGCAGACGGAGUUGACCAGCCGUUGAUAUCACGUCCAAAUAACCGCUCCUCGGGGCAAGAACAUGACAGGAUACACCCCUGUCAUCUCUACAGACUGACCACAAGCGCGUUAAAGGAGGGCUGAGCCGCUUGCUAGUUGUAAGCUGCUAUCCAAUGUUAAUAGCUAGCUUGCAGGCUAACGGUAGCUUGGUGGUAAACGGAGUCCGGUUCUGCUUUGUGCCGUCAGUGGGCUAACCCUGCCUAGCUGACUCGCUAGCGAAGGUCGGAGGGACUAGCUGGUAGUCGGGAGCGUUAAGUCAGCCGUUCAGCAUUAUUAAUGUGUCAUUUUAAUCGUUUGUUUUAAGGCUGAGUUUUUUCACAGAGCACAUUCUCCUUUUUUGUACGUUUAUUAAUUUCACUGAGUUUACCGCUGCUAGCUAGCUACUCGGCUAUGCUAACGCCAGCUCAGUGAGACCUCACAUCGCAGGGGUGCGGAGAGCUCCAGACUAGUCAAGGAAGGAAGAGAGGUGACUUAUGAUGUGGGCUGAGGGAAGCGGUGGACUGUUAGGCGAAGGAGAGCAGCAGUAUUAGCUUAAACACGUCGUGUUUUGUCACAUUUUUCCUCGUUGAGGAAGGGCCAUAGCGUCGAGUGGGACGUUGGAUGAAGAAAAUAAUUGGGGCACUUCUAUUUGCGAGCUGGCUAAAUGAAUAGUAUUUGUAUCAGUGAGUCGUGAGCUAGUGGCCACUGUGCCAGCUUCAAGGGAAGACACUCUGUCAAGAUUAUCGCACAGACUGCAAUAACCAGCCUGUUUGCUUAAAGAUGGCUUCGGCGGGCAGCAUUGCCGCAGCUAUUGCGAGCAAAACGAAGACCAAGAAGAAACACUUCGUGGCUCAGAAAGUGAAGCUCUUCCGUGCCAGCGACCCUCUGCUCAGCGUGCUUAUGUGGGGAGUCAACCAUUCGAUAAACGAAUUAAGCCAUGUUCAGAUUCCCAUCAUGCUCAUGCCAGAUGACUUCAAGGCCUAUUCUAAGAUCAAAGUGGACAACCACCUCUUCAACAAGGAGAACAUGCCCAGCCAUUUCAAGUUCAAGGAGUACUGCCCUCUGGUGUUUCGAAACCUCAGAGAGAGGUUUGGCAUUGAUGAUCAGGACUUCUUGAACUCUCUGACACGCAGUGCUCCCUUGAACAGUGAGGCCCAGGGACGGAGCGGGGCUCGCUUCCAUACCUCUUAUGACAAACGCUACGUCAUCAAGACCAUCAGCAGUGAGGAUGUGGCAGAGAUGCAUAACAUUCUAAAGAAAUAUCAUCAGUUCAUUGUGGAGUGCCAUGGCAACACACUGCUGCCUCAGUUUCUGGGGAUUUACCGGCUCACCGUGGAUGGAGAUGAGACCUACAUGAUUGUGACACGCAAUGUCUUCUCUCACCGCCUUUCUGUCUACAAAAAAUAUGAUCUCAAGGGUUCCACUGUGGCAAGAGAGGCCAGCGACAAGGAGAAGCAGCCGCCCCAACCAGAGGAUGUGCCCCCGCGGCCCAAAUCUGGUAACGUUCAGCAAAGGCUGCAAACACUGCGGAUUGCCACGCGCUUUUACUGCGCCAUGAAACACGUAAGAGAUGCCAAGGAGCUGCCCACCUACAAGGACAAUGACUUCAUCAAUGACGGGCAGAAGAUCUACAUUGACGAGGAGAACAAGAAAAUGUUCCUGGAGAAGCUUAGAAAGGAUGUGGAGUUUCUGGCCCAGCUGAAGCUCAUGGAUUACAGUCUGCUGGUGGGGAUCCACGAUGUGGAGCGAGCUGAGCAGGAGGACGUGGAGAGCGAGGACAAUGAGGCCGAGGAGGAGGGCGAGAGUGACGGAGGGGGCAUUGGAACACCCCCUGACAGUCCCAGCAACACCCUGGACAGCACCAAGCCUCUGUCGCCUGGAGAGUUUGAUCCCGCCAUUGAUGUCUAUGCCAUCAAAAGCAAUGAAAGCGCUCCCAGGAAGGAGGUUUACUUCAUGGCUGUCAUAGACAUUCUGCAGCAUUACGAUGCCAAGAAGAAAGCUGCCCACGCCGCCAAGACUGUCAAACAUGGGGCCGGAGCAGAGAUCUCCACGGUGAACCCAGAGCAGUACUCCAAGAGGUUUUACGAUUUCAUCACCACUAUCCUGUCAUAGCCUCGAGGAGUGACAAGGGGCACAGAGGCACAUGGGAAAGGGAGGGCAAGUGGGGAGCAGGGCGGGGAAGAGAAGUGACGGAGAGAAAAACCAUCGAGAGGCUGAAUUAAUAAGGUGCUGUGAUGGAUUUGUUAUCACUCUCCCUCAUGCAUUCUCCUCAUCCCUCCCCGUUUGUUUGUCUCCCUUUCAGUGGCGUGCCACGCUCUGCAGCUAAAAACAAAACAUCAUUCGUUUACAUUUAACCUCUCCUCUGUUGACUUUUGUUCAUGUGUUACUUUGGAUGAUAAGGGUGUCGAAAGCAAGCGUCCAAGUCAUUACAUUUUUUUUUUUAUAUAAUUUGUUUGUUUCUGUAUGGUUGUUUAUGUGGGAAUAUGGCUUUUUUUUAA